AUGGCAUCACAGGGAGUAAAAUCUCUCUCUAAUAAUACUUCCUUCUUAGAUAAAUACAAUGAAUGGUUGACAGGUGACAUAAACUCUAUAUCUAUGGCUCUAGCUGCAACUAAAUGUUGGUUCAUAUGGAAGGAAAGAUGUUUGCGUGUUUUUGAAAAACAAGAAAGAACAUCUGAACAACUAGUUGUAGAUAUCUCAAGGAAUUUUGCAUAUUGGCAUCCACAAAAUCUUGACAUUGACACAACACAACCUAGAAUAAAGACAGUACAUAAUAAGUUAUGGAACUUUCCUGCAAAAGAUAGUUUAAAAUUAAACUGUGAUGCCUCUUGGGUUUCUAAAUACACUGAUGCAGGUUUUGGUUGUGUGCUUCGAAACUGGUUAGGAACAGGCAAAGGAGCAGCAAUGGGAGUCUUCAGAGCUUCAACAGCAAAAGAGGCAGAAGCUCUAGCUCUUCUGCAAACUACCAGAUGGGCUCAUCAGAAUAAUCUACAAAAUCUGGUCAUAGAGGGAGACAAUGAAUUCACUAUCAACUAUCUGCAGGGGAAAUCUGUUUCAUUUCAAUAG